AAGAAUAUUCCGCAGUCCGGUUGGAAACAUGGACCAAUUAAUAAUAGGAGACGUCGAAAAAGAGUACGUGAAAUGUCCAGAGUUACAAAAAGAGGAUGUUACGAAAAUUUUGGAAUGGAUGGAAACGCAACCGCAUCUCCCAAAAAUGACGGAAAUGCAAGCAGUUCUCUUCUUGCACAGCAAUUACUUCGACUCGGAAAAGUCAAAACGAUGCAUAGAAAACUUCUUCACGACUCGUUCCCGCUGUCCCGAAUUCUUUGCAAAUCUCAAUCCGAAAGAAAUGGAUUUCGAUACGAUGCUUUACAGUGAAUUACCGAAACGCACGCCCGAAGGAUACAAAAUCGUUUAUGCGAAGAUUAUGGACCCGGAUCCGGAUCGUUACACCUUUCCGAUGCAAAUCAAAUUCUUCGAUAUGGUCUCAAUGUUGAUGCUCAAUCGAGACGGAACUUCGGAAGGUCAAGUGGUUGUUCACGAUUUGGAUGGAAUUACGUUCUCGCAUGUGGCUAAAAUGAAUUUCGUGCAAUUGCGGAAAUUCUUUUUCUAUCUGCAAGAAUCCAUGCCGGUGAGGAUAAGGGGAAUGCAUUUCAUCAAUCUCGGAACGGUCGUGGAGAAGAUCAUGUCUCUGAUCAAACCAUUCAUGCGAAAAGAUCUCGUUAAAAUUCUUUACACUCAUGCAGACGUCGAGGGUUUAUUGAAAUACAUUCCUAAAGAGUGUCUUCCCAAUAAUUUGGGUGGCGAAGCGGGAGAUGUUUCUGACAUUCUACGAAAAACCAAAGAGGAUUUUUACGAGAACGAGGAAUUCUUUGCAGCUGAGGAACUGCAAGUCGUCGAUGAAUCAAAAAGACCAAAAGAUUCGAACAUCUUAGGAAACUCAUUCAAAAACCUUGCUAUCGACUAAUUUUCCGUCCUUAUUAGACAAGAUUUUAAUGUUUAAAAAAAUGUUUCUUGACGUUGCAACAUAAUUAAUAUACAAUUAUUAUUU